GGGUCGCUGGCCAUCUUCUUCGCUCCUUCUCUCCUUUCACCUUUGUCGCAGCUUGCCGCCGCCGUGGUCCGAUCUGUUUGUACGGUGCCUACCUCCGUCUCCUCUUGCUCCCUAUGUACCAGCCAACUUCUGACUCAAUACCAGAGGUAACUUUCUAGGUUUCACUUCGAGCCAACACAGCCUGAUUCCCUUCUGUUUCAUUCGUGUUUAGAAUAUUUGUCCUCGAUUCAAUCGUUUUUGCUCUUCGUUGGCUUGCUCUGGUGGUUCACCUAUUCGGAUUUGGUUAAUAGUUCUAGAGCUAUAAGUGUAAGCUGAAUGAGAACAUUAAAAUGAGCUUGACAUGAACCUGUGAAGGCAAAAAUACAAUUGGAAAAGGGUAAAGCCUCAAGCUCCAUAUUUCAUCAUGUCGGAGAGCAUUGCACAAUCGUAUCAAGAGUGUGAUGAGAGAACCGGAUCAAUUCAAUCUGUUUGGGUAACGCGAUGGGUUGGAUCCGGUCAGAAUUCCACAUCACAAGGCUUCCGUGCUCCUAACAAUCUUUUUGAGAGCAAGAAGAAAAUUGAUGAAGUCGAACUUCAGAGUGCUGGAGAGUUAAGAAACAUUGGAUCUCAAACUCGUCAAGUUGUUAACCAUAGUUUCAGAGCAUUUUCUGGAAACUUUAAAGUAGAAAGCUCUCAUCACUCGGCCACUAUGUCAAUGGUCAGUAGAAAUGAGUUGCCUCUUAGGGACUGUCAAGAACCUCGUGGAUGUCUUUCCUUUAAGCCUCAUAAUGAUCCAAACACUACUUCUGCAACUGCUAUUUCAUCUGGGAAGAACUAUUCCGAGUCAGAAGCCUCACUUCAGAAUCCUAUCAGACGCGUGAAACCUCAUUCUUUUUUCAGACAUAGCCACACCGUUGCAUCAGUUCCUACUGUGGGCAAUUGCAUUGAAUCAGUUUCACAUAUUGUUCCCUAUAGGUUUGGUUAUGGAAAGCUUAAAGAUGAUCCCACCAUUACUGAGAUGCCAUUGCUAAUUGAUAGAGUUUCUAAAAGCCAUCUACCAAACAGUAGCCGAGUGCUUGGAGAUAAACAUAACCAUGAAAGCCAGAUGGAAAGUGGAAGGCAAUCUCUGAAAAUGAACGGGGACUGGUUCCAGAAGUUGCAGAAUGGGCCUCGUUUGGUGAAGUUCCAAAAUAAUGAUGCUUCUUUAGAAGCAACUGAACCAAACAAGACACUAAAUAAUAUAUGCAUGUCGGAAGAGCUCCCUCACUCCUUGCAUGACAUGAAGACAAUGAGAAUACGCACUACUAUGGAUUCUGUUGUGGGAUUAAAGGGUUGUUACCCUAGAUUCUCUCAAACAACACACAGUUUGUUAAUUAUGAAUGAAUCCGAUGUGAAUAUCUGCAAGAAGAAUCAAACUGUUGGUACUUCAAGAGUAUGUAAUGAGUUCAAUAAACGAAUAUUCAGCAGUUUAGACAAACUGCCUUCCGCUUUGAGUCAGAAGCAGCAAGGUGUAAAGCUUCGGCUUCUGGAUAGCUGCACUGCCAGUGAACUUGAAGAAGAUGUUGGAGUUGUUGAGCCUUCAGAAGCUGAUGCAAAGAAUGAAUCGUCCGCUGAAACUGAUGCCAUGGAUUUUGAUGCCUUUCCAGGAAAGACCCAGCUCUUAGGUGUCAGUUCGUCCUCACUAUUUAAAAAGUUGCAGGAGUGUGAAAGAGGCCAAAAAUUAUUCCAUCUUACACCCAUGGGAGGAGUUACAUCUGAUGGAAUUAAGAAGAACAAGACACCUAAUAAUAUAGUAAACUCGUACACCCUUGACAUACCAGCUGAAGCAUCUUCAUCAGACAACUUGGAACUAAGUUCAAACACGCACAGUUUGGACAUGGAGUCAUUCAUCAUUGCUCACAAUGACCAGAACAGCAAUUCAAAACCCGCCCUGUUUCAGUCCGAUCUUCCAGGAUCUGACCCAAGCAGCAGAUUCGUGAAGCGUUUGAAAUUGAGUAAUCUCUACAAUAUGGCCCUUGGCACAAGGAGCUUAAACAUAAAAGAGGAUUCAUCUCAUGAGUAUAAGCAGCAGCACACCGGGUUUCAUGGUAAAGCAUGCUCUGAACCAACGUCUAAUAAAAAUAAAGGCAAAGAAUGGAUGGUUCAAGAUAAAUGUACUACUAGGAACAAUGUCGGCGAGUCCUCUUCUGCUGCUGAGAACUUGAAGUCGUGUAGAGAUAAACUGACUUCAUACCCUUGGAUUCAGAGGUUGCUUCGUGAUAGAGCUACUAAAUCUCUGCAGGUUCCUGAAGUGGUGGGGGGUUAUGAGCCGGGGAGUGCAUGUUUGGAAGCUGAGCAAAUUCAAAAGCGACACUUUCCCAGCAUAGCUGCCAUGGCAUUGAUGGGAAAAGGCAUGAAGGGCUUUCAACCGUGCCAGUUUCAGAAUAAGGGGUCUUUUGUAGUUUGGAACUAGUGGCUUCUGAAACAAACAACCAAGAGGGAAUUCCUGUUACGGCGUGAUUUCGUGAUGGUAGCUUGGCGGGGCCCCCCAUGUAAGGGAAAAAAAUUACCCUUUUUGUCCACGACUAUUAGUUUAUUCGCACAUUUGGUCCAUGGCUUUCACUUUUCCACUUCAUUUGGAGUUUUGGUAGAUGGCUAUAAAUUUCUUACCAAGUUUGGUCCUUUACAAUUUUCAGUUGAUUUCACAAUGUGACUGAAACAUACCAAAGUGACGAGAAAUUCAUAGUCGUGCAUAAAAUCAGAAACCACCGAAAGUCGGGACCAAGGGUGGAAUUAGGUAGUAGUUUGCGGAUUGGAGUUUGGAUGACCUAAUAACAUCUGGUCUUAGAAAGUAACUUUUUUUUUGUUUUUGUUUUUUUGCCUCUUUGGCUUAAUGUUAAAACUCUCCUUAUUUUGGUUUAUAUGCAUUUGAGCAGCAAGUGGGUGAUUGCUCAUUCAUUGUACAAUGGAAAUGAAUUGUAACUGUGGAUGAUCAAAUGUCAGGUUGUACUAUAUUUGGCAACACUGUAAAACGUAUGUACUGUGAUCAAAUGCAUGUAUAAAUGUACAUUAAAAUAUAUACUUUUGUUCAAG